AUACAUGAGAGCACACACUUCCUGGAGCCGAAACAACCCCACGGGAGGGGGGAAAAAAGAAAAACAAACUAGCCCAUGGAGGCAAGAGCUUGAAAGUUUUAGCCCCACAUCCGAUGGGCCGGAUGUUUUGUCCUAGUGAUCUUGACACGUAAAGCGGGUUUUAUCGCGCUGUAUUUUCGGGGAUACAGAGAGGCCGGUGUUCGGAACGGCAGCGACGGUGUGGCGUUAGGGAGAUCCGUCGACCGCAAGCCAGCAAGCGGCCUGACGCUAACUUAUGUUGAUGGAAUACCCCCUGUACUUUAUAGAGACUCUGAGACUUGUUCCCCGGUUGGUCUGACUAUCACUACCGCCGUUUGUCACGUCUAAUACACUUUAAGUGCGUUUGACGCGCAUUAGCCGCCUGGCUAACGAUUUACGUUGACAGGUUAGCUUGUUAGCCGCUAAACCAAGUUUUUUAAAGUGACUUAUUUUACACACAUCACCGUGUAAUGCAGACUGUGUCGAGCGAAGAAGUGCUCCAGCUUCCGUUUAUAUUUUAGAACCCAUUAAUUUGUGAAGACUGUGGUGUUUAAGUCUAUAAAGGCAGUUAUUUAUGUGUAUUAAUGUUUAGCUGGCUAGCAAGCUAGCGAUGUCUAUGCCCUCGGCCGAUAUGCUGGAAACACCGCCUAUGUACCCUUUUGAGGAGAUAGAGUAUGCUGAUAUUGAGGUUGAAGAGGUAGUGGGCAGAGGGGCAUUUGGAGUUGUGUGCAAGGCCAAGUGGAAAGGUAGAGAUGUGGCCAUCAAGACCAUAGAAAGUGAAUCUGAGAGAAAUGCCUUCAUUGUGGAGCUUCGACAGCUGUCUCGUGUAAAUCAUCCAAACAUUGUGAAGCUGUACGGUUCCUGCAGUAACCCUGUAUGUCUGGUGAUGGAAUAUGCAGAGGGGGGUUCUUUGUAUAAUGUGUUGCACGGUGCAGAGCCUCUCCCUCACUACACUGCAUCUCACGCUAUGAGCUGGUGCCUGCAGUGUUCUCAGGGGGUCUCCUAUCUCCACGGCAUGAAACCAAAGGCUCUCAUUCACAGGGACCUCAAACCUCCCAAUCUGCUCCUGGUUGCUGGAGGAACUGUACUGAAGAUCUGUGACUUCGGGACAGCAUGUGACAUUCAGACACACAUGACCAACAACAAGGGAAGUGCAGCCUGGAUGGCCCCAGAGGUGUUUGAAGGCAGUAACUACAGUGAAAAGUGUGACGUGUUCAGUUGGGGUAUUAUUCUCUGGGAGGUGAUCACUCGCCGGAAGCCCUUCGAUGAAAUAGGUGGCCCAGCUUUUCGCAUCAUGUGGGCUGUGCACCGCGGCACUCGUCCACCUCUCAUUAAAAACCUACCUAAGCACAUUGAGAGUCUAAUGACUCGUUGCUGGUCCAAAGACCCGUCACAGCGACCUUCUAUGGAGGAGAUAGUGAAGAUUAUGACCCACCUAAUGAAGUAUUUCCCAGGAUCAGAAGAGCCUCUUCAGUACCCUUAUCAGUAUUCAGAUGAAGGCCAGAGUAACUCUGCCGCCAGCACAGGCUCAUUUGUAGACUACACAUGUACCAGCAACAAGAACGACAUCAACAUGGAGCACACCAACUCACCUGGCAGUAAUGACACCAUCAAAUUUCCAUACAAACCAAAGGGUGACCCAUUAAGGCCUGGUCUUCCUCUCUCCAGAGGGGGCAGCGUAGAGAGUCUUUCUGGUAGACCACAUUUUCUGCCCUCUGACAGCAAACGAAUGAGUGCUGAUCUCUCGGAACUAGACCACAGAUUGCCAUUUGCUCCGGCAGCACGUCCACAAUAUAAGCGAGGCCACCGUAAAACAGCUUCAUAUGGCACCAUUCUGGACAUUCCCAAGAUCAUCGUUACAGCAUCCUGUGAGCCUCAUAGACGCAGAUCAGUGCAGGAUCUUCCUGCCAUUGGUACGGAGUCUAGUCAGGAGAGCAGGAACAGUAGCAGAUCAUCCAGCCCCAGUGUGAGGAUGAUUACACCAGACAAGACAGAUACCAAUGGCUCAGAUAACUCCAUCCCAAUGGCCUACCUGACCCUGGACCAUCAGUUACAGCCUCUAGCCCCGUGUCCAAACUCCAAAGAAUCUAUGGCUGUGUUUGAGCAGCACUGUAAGAUGGCACAGGAGUACCUGAAGGUGCAAACAGAAAUCGCUCUUCUCAUACAAAGGAAGAAUGAGCUAAUAGCAGAACUGGACCAGGAUGAGAAGGAUCAGCAGAAUGCGUGUCGUCUCGCUCAGGAGCACAAGAAGCUCCUAGAGGAGAACAAGAGUCUGUCCACCUACUACCAGCAGUGCAAGAAGCAACUGGAGCUGAUUCGAGCUCAGCAGCAAAAGAGACAGGGCACCUCAUGAACCCACUUAAAACCCACCCUCCCAUCAUGUAACAGAGCCAGAAUGACUCUAUAAUCACAGUUCCCUUUCUCUUUUCCUCCCCGAUACAAACAUUGGGGUUUAGUUGUAGUUUGGCCCUGAAAACCCCUUAUUUUACUUGUUAAAGCACCCCACCCCAGCCGCACAUGAUACUUUUGAAGAUGGUAACCAUAUGACUUGUUCUGUUGACUGUGGGUCAUUUCUGCCCCUGCAAGCCAUUCUGAGACAGUUCUGAAACCGUUCAAAUCGCUCAACUGCACAAGCAUACUGUGUUGCAUGUCUGUAAGGUCAUGGCAGGAUAUGCAGUAGAAAGGCCACAGUUAAAUCCCUGUGGGUGUAAAAUAUAGACUAUUGACUGCUGAUACACACAGUUCUUCAAUACGCUGUAUAUUGUGAUAAGAGAGCUACAAGACGAGUUGUAAACGGCUGCUGUUUGCAGAAUGAGCCAGCGCACGAUGGUGUGAUGGCAAACGUUAAUGUUGGGAAAUUUGCAUCUUAUGCCAGGGCUUUGGGGUUACUUCAUUAUAAAUAUGGGAAGAAGAAAAAAGAACAGUUGAGGUCUUCAGCACAUGGGCCCUCUUGAAUGUCAGUUGUUUUGACCCUCUUCUAACACCCCAGAAUUCCAUGUAGGGUCCACUCAAUUGGGUGUUGGUCCUUCAGACUGUGAAAGCAAAAUAGCUUUUAAGUUACAUGGAUACAAAAGCUAUUACUGUUUUUAAAUCUAGAUUUUUAUUUGGUAGCUUUCACUUUCUGUGUCAUUCUUGAUUUUAUCCCUUUUAUGCAAAAAAAUGCUAUAGAAUUUUUUUCCAUUUCUUUGCCCUAGAAAGUGUUAGAAUAAUGUAUGUUGUAUUGAUUUAAAUGGAGGGAUGUAUCUUACAUAUGCCUUGCCUGUCGACCCCAUGUUUACGGACAAACGGGACGAUCUGUGUGUGGAUGUGGCCUCACAAGGAAAUGCAAUAUUUGUAAUCCGCUUCCACUGAUCAAUGUCACAUUCAAAAAGAGACCCAGUUAUAAAACUGAGCCAAAACAAACAAACAAAAGUGGAACUGUGAGUGUAUGUGAUUGUGAGUACAAGCAUUUUAAUCAUGACUUCAGUAUUCUUGUGUUUCUUUGCUCUUUGUUGUGAAACUUGUAUGCUAAUUUAUCCAGGGUUUUCAGAGAUUUGCUUUAGUUUCAUUCUGUCUGUAAGUGAGGGAAAGACACUCUUUCUCUUGAGUUUGAUUUAUGUAUUUUUAGUUCACAUGAUGCCUUAGAGUUGAAUUGCUUGCAUUUACUGGACUUGUUUUGUUGCUUUACGGCAAUGAGGCUGUUCGAAAUGUCAUUACCAGUGUAAGAACUUGAGCGAGUGGUCCUUUUUUAAAGGCUUGCAUAUGCAAAUGAAUGAAAUCAAGAGAGUAACACAUAGCGAAGGGUGGCCAGAUUUUUGUUUGGUCUAAAUUAUCUUGUCAGUAUGCUGCAGAAAUCAGGAAAUCACAAUAAGGGCAGUUGCCCUCUUGGUUUUUUUUUCGUAAGCUCCUUGUUUUUACCACUUCUUUUCACCCCUGUACUUAAAAGGAUGGUUCACCCAAAAAUGACAAUUCUGUAAUUUACUUAUCCUCAUGUGGUUCCAAACCAGCCUUUCUUUCUGCCAUGGAACACACAAGGAGAUGUGUGGAAGUAUUUUAGUCUCAUUCACUAUUUACUUUUUUGCAUAUUUUUGCCAUACAAAUAAUGUGAAUGGUAACAGGUAACAUCAUUUCUCUUUGUGUUCCACAGAAGAAAAUAUGGAUUUGGAACAACAUGAGUGUGAUGUGAUUUACAGAAUUUGCAUUAUUGAAUAAACUAUCCCUUUAAGAUUUUGAAAUGGGAUUCAGAGCUGUAUUGUUAACACCUUUGUAUACUCAGCAAAAUUUCCCACCACACACCCCCAACCAACACAUUUUUGCACAAUACAGCCGUGUCUGGUUAUCACUAAUAAGGAAAAAUGCUCACUUUACUCUGAAGAUCUGUAGCGGGAUUAAGCACAUUUGGAUGGUCAAGAUUUUCAAGUGACUUCUCUGCACGUUUUUCUCCCAGACACCUUGUGUUUUUGUUUUAACCUUGAAGUCUCUCUCUCUCUCUCUCUCAAUGUUCCUUAUGAGUUUCUGUACUAUGUGCUGUAAAUAAGGUGUCUUGAUUUCUUAAGCUAUUGGGAACGGGAAUACACAGGUGAAGGUCGCAUCUUGAAAUAAAUCAAACAGGUAAACAUCCCUGUCUCAGAACUUUAAUGUCUGUGUGGUCUCCAGAAAACAGCUUUGCUUGAACAUUAUUUUAAAAAGAUGUUGAUUGUCACAAACAUUGUCAAUUCAUGACUUCUCCAGGAAGUCCAUGGAUGCAAAAAUAAAGUGGUUUAAUUAUGGUCUACUCCGUUUAUAUAUGCAAGUUAAAAAAAAAAAAAA